GAGUAGAGCACAUUCAGCUGCAGAGAGCGAGGUGAGGUGGUGCAUUAGUUGUUCAGAGGAUCACUGAGAGAGCGUGCUGAGAAGUGGAAAACACAUCAUUUUUACACUAGAAAAAAGAAAGAUGCUCUAUAGCUGCUUUUUGGGAGAAUAAGAGUGGGAGGAUGCAGAGCUCUUGAUCGUGCGCUUCACACCGAGUGUAACUUACAGGAUUUCCUGGAUGUCUUUUGGAGUAUGUACAGCAGUCUGACUCUGUGCACUGCAUCUUCUACACGAUGCCUGCGUGAGUGUUGUAUUCAGGAUGGAGCGCUGUGAGAGCGGCGUGGCCGUGGCCGUACAGCCCAGUCCGUCCUUGGACAGCGCCGAGCUGGAGUUUGCCCAGGCUGCUCACCGCGGACACCGACUGGCUGUGGGCGCUUUCUACGGCUCCCGUCGCUCCAAGGUCCAGACUCAGCCAAAUCCCGAGGAAAGCGUAGAGGGAACGGCGGCAACAUGCGGGAAGCCAGCGCAGCAGAAUGGGAGGGCAUGUGGAGGGAAGUUUCUGGUCUUUUACCUGGACUUGUCCUUUGUUUUCUUGUUAGAAUUGGAGAAGCUGAGGAUGGCUCGCGGGUGCCUGUGCUGUGUCAAAUACAUGAUGUUCCUCUUCAACCUGCUCUUCUGGUUAUCAGGCUGUGGUUUACUGGGAGUAGGGAUCUGGCUCUCCAUGUCUCAGGGGAGCUUCGCCACAUUCUCUCCCUCCUUCCCCUCGCUCUCGGCCGCCAAUCUGGUCAUCAUCCUGGGCUCUAUCGUCAUGGUGACAGGCUUCCUGGGUUGUAUGGGUGCCAUCAAGGAGAACAAGUGCCUGUUGCUGAGUUUCUUCAUUGUCCUGUUGAUAAUUCUGCUGGCAGAGUUGAUUCUCCUCAUCCUCUUCUUUGUCUAUACAGAUAAGGUGAGUGAGAAUGCACAGCAGGACCUGAAGGAGGGUCUGCAACUGUACAACACUGACAACAACAUCGGACUGCGCAACGCAUGGAACAUCAUCCAGUCUGAGUGGCAGUGUUGUGGUGUAAGUGGGCACACAGAUUGGCACGAUGCCCUUCCUGAUAAGACAGUCCCAGACCGCUGUUGUCAGGAGCAUUAUAAAGAAUGUGGGCGCAAUUCCAGUAAUGUCUUCUGGUCUCAGGGCUGCUACGAGAAGGUGGUGGACUGGCUGGAUGAUAACAAACAUCUGUUGGGCACCAUCGCUAUGUGUGUGCUGGUCAUACAGCUCCUCGGCAUGGCGUUCUCCAUGACACUGUACCAGCAGAUUCACAGAGUGGGGAAGAAGUACAAUGCCUAAAGGAAGGGAUUUACACCUCAUUAACAAAAAAGCAGCCCAGAAAACCUUUAUAGUCCAUUAUGCUUCCUGCAUCUUUCCAUUUCUGGACACUACCAAGCAUUAUAGACUGUGUGUCUAAACAUUAAUUCCAGUACGGUUUUAUGAUGUAUGUUUAAAAAAAAAAUUCCAAACACGUGUUAAGGAAUCGGUAAAAGGCAGAGGUAAUAUCUGGUUGGAAGCAGAUGCAAAUGAAAUAUUUUGGAGAUGAAAUUUUGGCUCCUCGUGUACAGCAGGAUUAACGAGCCACCAUAGUUCCACUGUUCCUAUAAUGCAUUCCUUCAUAGAGGAAAAAAGAUGGGAUUUAUUACUCACUGCUGAAGACUGCCUAUUUGUACAAUAAUGUACCUUCUCUUUCUCUCAUGCUCACACGUUGUUUCCUCAUAUCUCAUAUAUUGACUAGAAAAGCAUGUAACGCAGAUAUCUUUGGAGGAGCUAACUGUAUAGUUGUGCACUUUGUUCACUUGCCCUUUUUAUCCUAUAAAUAGAUGAAUAUAAUCCUGUUUAUUAUGCCUGUGUGUGUGUGUGUGUGUGUGUGUGUGUGUGUGUGUGUGUGUGUGUGUGUGUGUGUGUGUGUGUGUGUGUGUGUGUGUGUGUGUGCGCGGACCGUGUGGGCAGAGAAAAGUUUUCCACCAAACUAAAACUCUGCCUUUAGGCCACAAUAUAUCAGUUUCCUUUGCUUUCCUUUUUUUCUUUGUUUUGUGCUUCUUCCCUCACUCUCUCUGUCUCUCUUGUUUCUUUUUUCUCUCUAUCUCUUUUCUUUCUGUCUGGUUCUUUUGUUCUAAUGUUCUUACUGAUAUUUUUUUCGGUCACACCUUCCCAGCCGAGGUGAAUGAGCCAUAGAGUGCAUGUUAUAAGACUCAGAGUGAGAGAAAGAGAAACAUAGAGAUCGAUAAAGGACUCGACAUCAGAACAUCAAACAAAACGUCAAUUCAAAGGCGAGUUUUAGAAACAGUCCACAUUUAUGAAGCUUAUACACACUGAGUCAUAAAGUUUUUCAUUUCCUGCUGUCCCUCAUGUGUUCAGGAUUGUUUUAUGUGUACUUUAUUCGAUACUUUAAUCAAGUCACGAUCUAUUAUAUUUAAACUCCCAAAAGGAAAACGAUUGUUUCCUACUACUUUCAUAGUUUCUUCUUUUGUGUACAUAUCAGGGCGAGAUUGCUUUUUGAUUUUCUGAGGUAAAUGCAGUCAAUGUUAAGAGGUUUAUCUGCUGGAAAAUUUCAUCAUCAGUAUGAGGAGUAAAAAUCCACUUUCAUCUAAUAUGCAGAAACAUAUUUCCUUUUCCAAUGAUUAUGAACAAGUUAUGGGUGGUGUCACAUUACAGCCGAGGGAUCCCCAGUUCGGUCACGGACUCUGGUUGCUGUGUUUAUGGAGUUUUGUUUGGUUUCCUUUGAGAUCUCCAGUUUCCUCCUGCCAUCCAAAAACAUGCUGUCUAAAAUAAAAUUGUCUCUUUUUCGUGUCACUGUGUGUGGGGUUGUGUGUGACUGUGUGUCACUGUGUGUGGGAUUGUUUGUGUUGCUGUAUGUAUGUGAUGGAGGGUGUAGGGUCUGUGUUGUGGAGGGUUGGGUGUGGAUGUAUGCGCCGUCUUCAGGCUGAGUUCCCAUUCGCAUUUUAUGUCUAAUACCAGAAAUAAGCACCGGAUCCACUGCAGCCCUGACAAGUAUAAAGUGUAUAUUGAUUGUAAAGGAAUCAAUGAUGAAUUAAAGGCAUUUCUUCUUGUA